CUCCAUCCGAGCUGCUCCUUCUUUUCGGCUGUGGGUUACCCGGGAGUGAUGCUGGGAGUGACCCCUUUGGGGCACCACGCGGCCCCCGGAGCUCCUCAACCUCUCCCGCCCCUCUGCAGUCACGGCGACACGCGUGGGGAUGGGGAAUGGGGCGGGCAGAGGCGCUCGGGGCUUUCUUUGCCGAAGCACAGCCAGCAGCGUCCAUCCCGGUCAGCAGAACGGCGCUGCCGCCCGAGAGACCCAACACUGCCAGCAGGGGAUGCGCACCUCAGCGCCGGCAGGAGAGGCUGGGAAGACUGAGCCCUUCCUCCCGAGCGUGAUGGGAACCACAGAAGCCACUCUGCGGAUGGAGAGUGUGGAUGUGAAGGAGGAGUGGCAGGACGAGGACUUCCCCGGACCUCUCCCAGAAGAGACCGGCAUGGAGUCGCUGGGCAGCCCUGCGGAGGACGAGCACACAUCCUCUCCCCCACAUACGUUAAACUUUAACGGGGCGCACCGUAAGCGGAAGACGCUCGUUGCACCCGAAAUCAACAUUUCCCUGGACCAGAGCGAAGGCUCCAUUCUGUCCGACGACUUCUUGGACACGCCGGAUGAUUUGGAUAUCAACGUGGAUGACAUCGAAACGCCCGACGAGACGGAUUCCCUCGAAUUCCUGGGGAAUGGGAACGAGUUGGAAUGGGAAGAUGACACCCCUGUGGCCACAGCCAAGAAUAUGCCUGGGGACAGCGCGGAUCUGUUUGGGGACGGUGGGACGGAGGAUGGGAGCGCAACCAACGGGCGGCUCUGGAGGACCGUCAUCAUCGGGGAGCAGGAGCACCGCAUCGACCUGCAGAUGAUCAAACCCUACAUGAGGGUGGUGACGCACGGAGGGUACUACGGGGAAGGACUCAAUGCCAUCAUCGUCUUCGCCGCCUGCUACCUGCCGGACAGCAACCUGGCCGAUUACCACUAUAUCAUGGAGAACCUCUUCCUCUACGUGAUCAGCAGCCUGGAGCUGCUGGUGGCUGAGGACUACAUGAUCGUGUACCUGAACGGAGCGACGCCGCGGCGGAGGAUGCCGGGGUUGGGGUGGCUGAAGAAGUGCUACCAGAUGAUAGACAGACGGCUGCGGAAGAACCUCAAAGCCCUGAUCAUUGUGCAUCCCUCGUGGUUCAUCCGGACAGUGCUGGCUAUUUCCAGGCCCUUCAUCAGCGUGAAGUUCAUCAAUAAGAUCCAAUACGUUCACAGCCUGGAGGAACUGGAGCAGCUGAUCCCCAUGGAGCACGUCCAGAUCCCAGACUGCGUCUCGCAAUACGAAGAGGAGAGGAUCAAGGCCAGGAGAGAAAGGGCAGAAGAGAAACAAGACAUGGCUGAAAGGGAAAGCAGGCCUGUGCCCCCUGCAGAGGAUCAGGAAACCAGCAUGCCCUGAAUCGAGGCAGCGCGGGACAACGGGAGCAGAGAGCGACGCAGCCCAGCACUCCCCCCUGGAAACGACCUUUGGGUAGAAGACCUCUCCACCACCCAGCAAUGAGCUCUGUAAGGUCACGGGGCCUCCCCUGUCUGCACAAUGCAAAGUCCUCCAAACUUAUGGAAAACAUUUGAUUCUCAACAACAACAACAACAACAACAACAAAGAUCUCCAAGGAUAGCAGCACUUUUUGUUUCCGGGAUGGGUUCCAACGUAUCCAAACAAUGGUCUGCAGAGAGCUCGGAGCAAACAGAGACCUCAUCUCCUCGCAGUGAGCAAAGAGCAUCCCGCAGUCCAUUUGCCACCAGCCCAGAGACAGAUCUAUUCUUCAUUUCAGUUCCACUUCACUGCGACACACUGCUGCCCCAGGGGAUCGCUAAUGCAAGAAAUGAAAAGAGUCCAUUUUCCCCCCUUCCUAUCCCUUUAUUUCCCCCCUGUAAAUGCCAAGUGCCCACCGCUCCUCCCAGCCUUGACCUCCGUUCGUCUGCUGCCAGUUCUUAUUAACUCAUAGUGAGCUGCUGCUGUGGGUAGAUGCCGUGUUUUUACCAUGCUCAUUCUGCCUCUGCACGGCCCCAGUAGCUCUGGGAAGGGUCCCACAGGGCAGCCCCUACAGAACCUCCCUGUGAGCGUCUCCUCGUGUCACACACAGUGGUUGGAAGGAGCCCUGCAGACAGGAGUGCUUCCCAUGCCCCUGUGUUGGUUUCAUGCCCUCGGACAAUCCUUCUCAAUCAACACUCCCACGGUGGAUUCCCACUGCUGAGGGUCAGGAACGUGCUGUGUGUCCUGGGGAGCACAGUCCCCUCAGUGCAGACAGGCCCAGGGCAGACCCACGUGCAGGGAUGGAGGAGAAAGCUGGGAUGGUGAGGGUGUGAUGUGGGACUGUGCUGCCUGGUGCUGGGGCUCAGGAGGGCUCUGGGAGCAGAAGAGAGGAGAGCACGUUGGAAACAAGGACCUGGUAAAGGCAUUUGAAGAUCCUGCUCUCGUCGGAGCGAGCUCACACACAGCACACCGGGCAGAGCCCUGUGCCAACAGGUGUGGAUGGAGACCUGUGGGUCCCACACGCAGCGACCCCAACCCACAGCAAUCCAAAAUUAACCGUGGAUUUCUGCAAGCAUCAUUAUGGGCCCCGCUGGCAACGGGAAUUCUGCACUGCAGAGAAGGACUGAGCAGCACUGCAACAUCGAGGCAGCCCCUCUGGAUCCUGUGGGCUUCAGCUCAUCCCAUAAGCACUGGGGAUCUCCCUGGGGUAGGGUGGGAAUUUGCCAUCUCCUGUCGAUAACACUGAGGUUGUCCUUCUGUGCUUUUGGACCAUUUUAAUGCAUUUAGGGGAAAAAAGAAAAAAAAACAAAAACAAAUCUGCUCUGCUUUCCACAAAAAUGUAAUUGGAUGCUGGGAGUGGAGUUUGCAACCAAAUGGGUGGGACGUUGGAUAGCGUCAAAGCUCAGCUCUAAAAACCCUUUUGACAUCUGUAGUUAUUAAAAACGUCAGUGAAGAGUGAAACACAAUGGGAAGCAGUGCUGCUACAGAGCGUGGGGGGAUAAGGGAUGCGGAGGACACGUGGCGUUGGGACCGCUUCACAGUCCACAGUCCAUGAAAUGCACCACUUUGUGACCCCGAGAGGUGCCCUAAGAACACUGUUUGGGGUUUUGUUGUUGGGUUCUUUUUUUCCUUUAUCGAUUCUUUUCCAAAGAACAGUCACUGGGUCUACCACUCCAGAAAAGCUACAGGCCUGAAGACGACACGUCCCCAGUUUCCAAGCAUCCCCAAGAGGUUCCUUUGGGCCAAGAGUUGCCUGCGAGGAUGCACUGACUUCCCUGUGAGACGCAUAAGAAGCGGUGUGAACACGAGUCCAUUUGCAACUUCUUUUUCAUGAAGGGCACUUUCUGAUGGAGCACUUCACGUAGGAUGCACCAUACUUUUAUUUCUCACAAAACAUUCGGAGUGUGUCAACGUUCUGUUGCUGGAUGGAUGUCUGAGAAUGCCCAACCCAUAAAGGGUACGGGCACAGCCCAAUGGAUGUGGGUACAGCCAAACCCACAAGGGAUGUAGGUACAACUAAAUGUAAAAAGUGCAUUUUGAUAGCAACAAAAAAUAUAUCAUUAACUUAUUGUUUCAGAGAGCAAUUCAGAUGCUAAGUGAAACUCUUUGCUGAGGACACGGCAAUGGGGUUGGCAGCGUCCCAUAGUUAACUACACUGCAAUGCUUCAGGGAUGGUAGAGCGGCUUCAACACAUUGCCAUGGGAUGGUCAAGGGAUGGGUGGAGGGGCAAAUGGAUGCAAAAAGAGCUGCAUUCAUCUUGAAAAUGCUGUUAGAAAUUCAUGUCCUGCUGCGACAGAGGUGAGACAUUGAUGGUAACUCCGGAGGACAGCAGACAAAAACUGGGGACAGACGAUGGAGCGGUGGUGGUGUAGAGCUGCCAGCCCUGAUGAUGGGACUCACCGACCGUAGAGCAGCUGACGAAGGGCCAAGAGGAAUCCAAAGUGACUUCAGACACAUUUUUUUGCUGUUUCAUAGAGCGCUGCGAUCGGAAUCGAUGUAUGGAAGGUUUGGUGCUGACUUUUCCACAGAGAGCAGACUGUAGGAGAUCCUCAGAGCAAAUCUGCUCUACCAGCAGGAAAUAGAUGAAAGCAAUGUGGUAGUGAAAGCACCUUUCCAUUCAGCCUUUUGCCAGCACGUAGACAUACCUUUACCAACGGAAACUGAAUCAGCUCCAUCUCUUUUCACCCCAUUGCUCUCCCAGAUGAUGUUCCUGAUGCAGACCAGGCCCCAUUUCUGCCCAUCAGGCAGUGGAUUUAUGCAGCUGAACUGCUUUGUUUGGGCCAAUUUAGGAACUGCUCCCAUUCAGGACCACCCAGUGAUCCUCUUUGGCUCACAGCAAUGACCCAGGGAAUGAAGCUGAGAUGCUGCUGCUCCAUUAGGAGCACUCACACCGCACCGUACUGCACAAGUGUGAGUGGAGAGAGCACCCCUCACCUCCACUGCUCCCUUUUUUCCAAAGACCCUUCUGCUGAGAGACACACGGACACGUGGAUGAGGAAAGCGAAGCAGCACAGGUUUGAAGAGCAACACAUCUGCUCCUGAACGUACCCAGGCACUGAAAAAGGAAGGAGUCAAUGAAGCGGUGGCAGCAAUGAGCUCACAUUGGCCCAACAGUGGUGGAACUGCUGCACCCACCCCAGUUCCUCUGCAGCCCCCGGGGAAGGGAGUUUUUUAAGGCACCGUGGCGAUACGGGCAGAUCGAUCGCCGGGUUUUUCUUUCCUUUGCAGUGGCCCUUUUCACACAAACCCACAUGUAAAAACAUGUCCUUUUUUCUAAAGUGUUUGUAAUUGGGCGGGCUGUGCUAGAAGGGUAGAUUGCUGCUCAGUAUGUAUCGCUCUUUUUUUGGCUUUGUAUUAUCCCAUCAGAAUCUGUGGAUACCCGAUUAAAAACAAGACUAAUCCUCAAGCAAAAACCCACGUCCCUCUUUUCGUCUGUACCUCUGGGGGACUUCGGCCCCAUCCACAAAACUCAAUGAACAUUGACUUGAAUGAAGUUGAAGUCCUCCCGUAGGGGUGAUGGCACUGGAAGCUGAGUGUUUUCAGGAUGCUUUCACCCAAAUAACCCCUGUCCUGUCCGCAUGGCACAUGGCCCCUCCAAAGGGAUCUCUGCGUUGUCCUUAGAAUAGAGCUGCAGUCUGUAACAAUGGGUAUGGAAGGUAUGCACCUCAAGUUUUGUAAUUAAUCUCACUUAUAUAGAGUCAUAUGUGGACAUGCUUAUGUAUAUAAAUAUGAGGAUUUACAGCGAGACA